AGAGUUUGGUAGAUCUCUUUUCAGAGAUCUCUCUUCGCAUCCACCGGCGCGGCCUAUCCUCCCUUCCGCCGCGCGUCUAGCGUAGCGGUGUCUCCUUGCCCAUGGCGAAAGGCCAGCUGGAGUUCCAGGAGGAGGUGGAUGCAGCGCGGAUCGAGAAUGCCAUGUGGCGUUCCUGGAAGGCGGACGGAAGUGGCGACCACUCCGGUGACCACUCGGCGAAGACCGAGAAGUUGGAACGUGUGCGCGGGUCCAUCGGCGACUCCAUCGACUUCAGUCAGAUCCGAUAUCCUCAGGAGACCCGCCGCUGUCGCUACGACGACCUGCCCACCUUCCCGGUGCGGCCCAACUUCGCGGGCUUCGAGAACGCGCUGCAGCCGGCGAGUCAAUGCGUGGUCUUCGAUGGGUGUCCAGAGGAUCCGUAUCAUCCCUCCAAUACGCCGAUUUAUCAAACCUCCACCUUUGUGCAGCCGUCCUCCAGCGAGUUCGGGCCCUAUGAUUACACCCGCAGUGGGAAUCCCACGCGAACGGCCUUGGAGAAGCAUGUGGCCAUGUUGGAGCAUGCAGCUGCAGCGUUUGCAUUCUCCUCUGGAAUGGCUGCCUUGCAUACCGUGACACGUUUGCUGAAGCAGGGUGAUGAAAUCUUGGUCAAUGAGGACAUCUAUGGUGGGAUGCAUCGUUUGCUGACCCAAGAUUGUGCGCACAACGGUGUUCAAGUCACCUUUGUGGAUACCACAAACUUGACGGCAGUUGCGAAGGCCAUCACUCCCAAGACCAAGAUCAUUCAUACUGAAAGCCCUUCCAAUCCACGCAUGAAGAUCUCAGACUUGCGCAAAUUGGCCACCUUGGCCCAUCAGCAUAAAGUCUUGCUCUCAGUGGAUAGCACGAUGAUGCCCCCCGUGAUUUGCCAACCGCUGCUCUUGGGGGUGGAUCUUGUAGUGCACUCCGCGACGAAGUUCUUCUCCGGGCAUGCGGAUUGCACGGGAGGCUUGGUCUGCGUGCGCGAUCCCGAGCUGGCGCAUCGUGUGGCCUUCCUGCAGAACGCGGAGGGAACCGCCUUGGCACCCUUCGAGUGCUUCUUGUUCCUGCGCGGCAUCAAAACCAUGUGGCUCCGCGUGAACCGUGCGCAGGAGAACACCGUGCAGAUCGCCAAGGCUCUCGCGAAGCAUCCCAGGAUCAAGGAAGUCUUCUACCCAGGUCCCGGUGGCUGUAGCAGUGAAGCACUGCGCAUCCACAACUCUCAGAGCUCCGGUUGCGGUUGCAUCAUCAGCUUCACCACCGGCUCGGUCUCCUUCUCGCGCCGCUUCCUCGACGCCUCGAGGCUCUUUAAGACCACCGUGUCCUUUGGGUCGGUCAACAGCUUGGGCGAGAUGCCCUGCACCAUGAGCCACGCCUCCAUCCCGGCAGAGGAACGCACUCUGCCCGCCGACCUGGUGCGCCUCUCCGUGGGUAUCGAGGACGUCCGGGAUCUGCUGCAGGACUUGCAGCGUGCCUUGGAUUUCGCCAGCUCGCAGAAGCCGCCGCCGGAGCACGACGGAUACGACAGCCGCUUCGAAGAUCUACCCGUGGUGCCCAGACCUCCGGAUGAAGAGGAGAGGCCCCGGAAGUCCUUGAGCGAGUGGCUUCUCAGUGAGGUGGAAGGUCCUUCGACCUCUCAAAUGCUUUCAGGCGCGGUGCCGAACCCCAAUGACCAAAACAAGCAUUAAAGAUCAUUCAAGCAGGUUUAUAAGGAAGAAGUCCUUGGUCUAAUUUCAGUAGGGGUUCCAAAAAAGAAACACACACUUAGAUGGUUGCUCGCAAGAGCUAGGAUCAGAAUGAAGUCCCCCUUGACUUGGUGAACGGGAAAAUGCAAUAACCGAAAGGUGGCGGAGUCCGAGAACUUGAAGAUGUUGAACAUUUUGUUUUGUGAGUACGAACUGCCUAAUGCAAAACACCGCAGUGGACAGCUUGAAAAACCGUUCAAAGAGAUGCAGCAGAUACGUCAGAGUGGCCAACUCUGAUGUUCACCAGAUCAAGUGGGCGUCUCCGUUGGUAGCGGUCCCAAAUGAUCUGCCGCUACCCCCUGCCUCUUUUUUUUUGACUCGCGCUGUGUUUGUUUCUGUUUGGUUCCUAGUAGUAAGGCCAGAAGCUACUAGUAGCACCCAGCCUUCUAGUGGAACCUACGGCAGACUUACCAGGUACAAACCUUAGGGACAGGUGUUAACACACACACACACACCCAUGGUGUGGUCACUUUAGGUGAGACUUCUACAAAACUUACAACUUUCCACCUGAGACCACAGGUGUCGCGACACAUGUCGCGACACAUGUGGCCAGUGGACUUUCUGGCCUUUCGAGCUGGAAAUUCUCCUCUCCUUCGAGUCUAUCGUUGAUUUCACUCAUGCCACUGGACCGGAGAGUAGCGGUGCCUUUCUUUGCUUUUUCUCCGAAGGAAUCCACCGAUCGAUUGUUAGACUGGGGAGGGGAGGGACCACAUGUUCUACGUCGGCCGUCGAUGGAAAAGAACAGGACGGAAAGAGGAUGGUGACUUGGGGACCCAAAUCUAGACAGUUGUCACUCUUUGGACUCUACUUCUUGAAAUAAGACUGGCAUGUACCAAGAUGAUGUAUUACCUUAACUCAAAUGAACCACUCAAAUGAACUCAUAGCGUUGUCCAGGUUCCCGGCCAAACCCACCGAGGUCCGUGUCCUUGCUGUUGGGAGUCCUCGUGAGCCGCGCGACUCCUCCGUCCUGGUUGCGUCGCUGACCGUCGGCGAAACGACCGGGGUGGCCAGCGCUCGGUGUCACAUCGAGGCCACCCUGGUGAUGCAAUCAGCGAUCCGGGCCGCGCGCAGAUUGGGCUGCCGUUCCUCAUUCUCCACUGGAGGAACAGCAAUGGUUUCACUGCUGCACGAGCAA